AUGGCGGACAGUGAAGUGACAGAUCAAUCUGGCCCGAAGGAUGGCAUUGAACGGGCAAAGAAUGAAGGCAAAGAAUUAACCAAAGAAGAAAAGCAGCGUCUCAGAAAAGAGAAGAAACAACAAAAAAAGGGCAAGGAGAAGAAAGAUGACAAGGCUCCAAAAGAAAGUCAAAAGGAAAAGCCUCCAGCUGCUGCUGCACAACCAUCAACGCAACCAUCAACGCAACCAUCAACGCAAGCUCCAUCACAGAAAGUCUGUUCAGCAGUUCCAGCCCCUGCUGUGGCUGCAGCUGCUGCAGAGACUACGGCAGCGAAAGAGAAACCCACCAAGAGCAAAGCUGAGCUGAAAGCAGAGAGAAGAGCUCGCCAAGAAGCUGACAGAGCCUCCAAACAGGGCAAGAAGGGAGAUGGUGCACAAGCGGCACCUGCCAAGUCCAAAGCGGCUCCAAGUGAACUACAGCCAGUUGUUAAGAGGCUCCCUGAACAUAUUCAAGUUGAUAAUCCAGACGUUUUAAAGAAGUUGGCCAAAAAGUUGGAAAGGCAACAAACGCCUGAGAACAUUGCAGAUAAAAAGAUCCCACUUCGCUCGGACUAUGGUUACAAAGUCAGUUUGUUUUCUCACCUUCACCAGUACAGUCGAAAAGCUCCACUAACGCAACAACUUAGCAUUCCUUCCUCUGUGAUCCAUCCAGCUAUAGUGCGACUAGGACUACAGUAUUCACAGGGGAUUGUAGCAGGAUCCAACGCCCGCUCUGUGGCACUAUUGCAUGCCUUCAAACAGGUGAUUAGGGACUACACAACACCUCCAAAUGAAGAGCUCUCAAGAGACUUGGUCAAUAAGCUAAAACCUUACAUCAGUUUUUUGAACCAGUGUCGCCCUCUAUCAGCCAGCAUGGGAAAUGCAAUUAAAUACAUCAAGAAGGAAAUAUCUAAUAUUCCUAACCAGUGUAAAGAUAAAGAGGCUAAGAAUAAAUUGCUGAACUGCAUUGAUUGCUACAUAAAUGAGAAGAUUGUUCUUGCUGCGAAAGCUAUAGCCAAGUAUGCGAUAGAAAAGAUCAGUGAUGGAGAUGUCAUUCUUGUGUAUGGAUGCUCCUCUCUGGUAAACAACAUAUUAUGUGAGGCUUUUGAGAAGAACAGAAAGUUCCGUGUGAUUGUGGUGGACAGUAGACCACGGCUGGAGGGACGAGAGGCUUUGAGACGCCUCGUGCAGAGGGGCAUCAGGUGUACCUAUGUGCUUAUCUCUGCAGUUUCAUACAUCCUUCCUGAGGUAUCAAAGGUGUUUCUCGGUGCUCAUGCUCUCCUUGCCAAUGGGUAUGUGAUGUCUCGAGUGGGAACAUCUCAAAUUGCUCUCGUGGCCAAAGCCUUCAACGUGCCUGUUUUGGUGUGCUGUGAGACGUAUAAGUUCUGCGAGAGGGUCCAGACGGACUCGUUUGUGUCUAAUGAACUUGAUGACCCUGACGACCUCAUCGUGACUCGUAAAGGGAAGACUCAGUUGGAGAAUUGGCAGGAUGUAGAGCUGUUGGGCCUUUUGAAUCUGGUCUAUGAUGUGACGCCGCCAGACUUUGUGGACUUGGUGAUCACAGAUCUGGGCAUGAUUCCUUGUACCUCGGUUCCUGUUGUUCUUCGUGUGAAAAAUGUGGACAUGUAA